UCGCGCUGCCCGCUCCUACACCAGUCCACCUCUGCACCGCGAGACAGCAGCAGCAGCAGCAGCACGAACGGGGAGUAUCCGCCGCCUGUCUGGACUUAAAACCCCGCACAUACCUUCACAGUCGAGGGUCUGUCAUUUUCUGACUGUGGAAGACACACGGGGAUAUUUACCUCGAUUUAUCCACUCCUACAACAGAACAGUUUACGGUUGAGUUUUUUUUUGGGACUGGUUCUGUGUUGCUAGGCAAGCGAGAGCACGAGCAGCUCAACAACCACUUGACAAAUCACACGACUUCAACCCGCCGACGUCAGCAGCCAUGUCAGCCCUGACCUUCACCCACAGAGCUUUCAGCCGGCGCUUCUGACCGUCCUCGGAUCGAACCAAACAUGUCCGCCUGCAGUGACUUUGCAGAACACGUGUGGAAACCCGGCUCGUGCAAGAACUGCUUCCAUCCGUUCAGCGCCCACCGUCGGCCCACGGCUCGAGGCCCGGCCGGGGGUCUGCCCGCGGUCUGCCUGACCAGGACCGGCCUGGGAGGUGGUGAUGAGGAACCGGGCGUCACCUCUCCGUCACCCUACAGCAAGCCCACUAUCGCCGUCAAGCCUACCAUGAUGAUGAACUCCAAUGACGCAAACGAGGCCAUGACUGACGUCAACAUGAACGGCGGGCAGGAGAACCAGAAGUCCACUGUGGAGCGUCUUGACCUUAAGAAGCUCCUGGACCUGUCUCCGCUCUACAUCGACGGCUGCGCCAACGGCCUUCGCACCGCUCUCCUCCAGAGCCCUGGCUCCAAGACGGACUGCACCAACUACUACACCCCCCUUCCCCAUGCGCCAAUGUCCCCCAUGGGCCAGUCCACCGCGGCCAAACACUCCAACACCAGCAGCAUCUUCGUCUUCCAGGAGGCGGGGCGGACUUUAAAGGAGAACGGCAGCGCAGAAACCUUUAGGCAACUUAGUUCCUCCACCACCACCACCUCCAUCGCCACCACAAGGACAACCAAGAGCACUUAUAAAGGAAAUGGUGGGGUGGGGCUGGGCAAGGCCACUAGCCGGGAGCCCUGUGGGCCGUCAGCGGGAAUACCCUUAUCCCCAUCAGCAGGAAUACCCUCCUCCACGGAGAUCCUCCCUUCCAGCCCCGCCGCGGUCCUUAACCACCGCGUCCACACUGUGAGUCCCGUGACCCUUACCGCAGAGCCGUCCAGCACUUCCCCCUCGUCGUCCUCCACCGCCUUCACCGUGGACUCUUUUACCCACAAUGCUCCAGCGUCCUUCCACUCCCCGCCGUCCGUGUCCGAACCGGCCAGCGUUUCAGAUUCUUCUUGUUCGUACUACAGCAGUACCGACUCCCUCCCGGGGCCGGAGAGGACCCCAGGAGGGCGCAUAUCGAGUCCAGAGCACCCCCAGAGCCCGCUCACCCCAACAAGCCCCCGAUCAUCUCCCGCCACCCCCAACGGACCGACGGACGCAGAGCCCAUCUACGCCGAGAGCACCAAGAAGAAGCGAAGGAACCAGAGCAACGGGACACACGCUCAGACCACUGCCAAGCCAAACAACCAGGCCCAGAGGUCGGCCCAGUCGGAGCCGCCUUCGGGCGAGGGCCAGCGGGCUACCAUCAGCGUGGUCGCGGCGCACACGGAGGAGAACAACCGGACCUUCUUCCUGACCAGCCCGGACUCGGCCGUCAGCACACAGUGCCACUUCAGCCCCAAGGCGCUCAAGGACCCCGCCAGCCCCGCCUUUAGCUGGCCCAGCCCCGGCCACAGCCCGGUGGAUCCCAGCGGCCACGCCUCCCCGCUGCCGCACCACAAGCCUCAGUCCAGCCCCCCUAUUCCGCCCAAGAGGAACAUCCGCUCCCCCAAGCUGGGCGCCUCCAGCCUGUCGCCGUCCUCCUGCUCCCCGGUCCCGCUGCCGGACCUGCCGGCACUGUCCCUCCUCUCCCCCAAAGAAAGUCCUCCCAGUGGGGCCGGGGCGGCAGACCGCCGGCACAAGCUCGCACAACACGGCUCCGCCUGGAACUGCCGCAUCGUGGAGGAAGAGGAGGAGGAGGAAGGGGAGAGGAGGGAUCGGGACACCAAGAGGGAGGCGGUGAAGUCGGCGAGCACCUCCCGGCUGGUCGGCAUGGCCAACACUGCCGCCGUCUGGAGGGAGGCGAGAGAUUGGAGGAGCCAGGGAAACCUCCCACCGGCCGUGAUAGGAACGGGCACGGCCCCAGCGCAGCCGCCGACCUCCCCCAACAAUGGAGUCAGUCAGGGGCAGCGGGAAGCCACUGGUGCAGGGGAGGAAGCGGGGCAUACUGGGAGCAUGCUGGCCAAGGCAUCGCUGCUCGCCGCCUCCACGGAGCUGCUGCUGGGCGUGGGGAAGAAGGCCGCCAGCCAUGAGUCCAACACAGCACCGCCACCGCCGCCGCCCAAGAAACACCACAGGGUUUGUGGGCGUCUGAGUGGCAGCAGCAUGGAGCUGGAGCGCUCCGCCAGCAGCCAGCCCGGGUCCGUGGAGAGCCUCACCCAGUCGUUAAGAGGAGGGCUGGGCAGCCCCACGUUGCCCUCCGCCUCCACCGACAGCCUGGCCGGGGACGCCGCGGGUUCCCGGGACCUGUCCAGGAGGACCUGCUCCUCCCCCUUCGCCCGGAGCCCGCUGGCCUCCAACCCGGGCUCCCCCCAGCCGGACCCCCCCUUCAGCUUCGCCCACAACACGCCCCCGCCGCUCCCCGAGAAGAAGCUGGUCAACCGCACCGUCUCGGCGCCGGACAGCGCCGGCGGCAAGCCCUUCGUCCGGGCGUAUCCGCGGCUACCGUUCACCGGCUCCGAGACCAACGUGUGCCAGUCGGCCGCCGACCCCGGCGCCCUGGGCCCCGCGGGGCCCCCGGGCUCCGUCUCCCGGUCCAGUCUGCCCUCCAGCCCCCUGGACCCGCGGGGCCCCCUGCUGUUCUCCUCCAGCGAGUCCCUGGAGCGCUGCCACGCCGCCGCCCCCUCCGCCCGGACCUCCCGCUCCAGGACCCUGGACGAGCCCCCGCCCCCGCUCAAGGCUCGUGGCCUGGCCGGCGGCGCUGGCGGCGGUAGGGGCGUGGGCGGCGGCCGCCUGGGGGUCCACCCUCGGGGCAGCGUCACCUGCUCCUCGUCGCCGCAGCUCAGCACGGCCCCGCCGCCGGCCCCGGAGGCGGGCCCCGCGGCGGGCUCCUGCAUGCAGCUGCAGACCCUGCUGAGCAACAUGGACAGCAGGGAGGGGGUGUACUCCAAGCUGGGGGGGCUCUACGCCGAGUCGCUGCGGCGGCUGGCGCUCAAGUGCGAGGACCACUUCACGCGCUCGCAGCGCAGCCCGCUGCGCUUCGACGAGAGCAACUGGUCGCUGUUCAAGCUGACCUGCAACCGGCCCAGCUGCAGCUCGGGGGACGCCGUGUACUACUCGGCCGCCUGCGCCUCCGACACCAGCAACCUCUACGCCGUCAAGAUCUGCAAGGGCCCGUCGGCGGAGGCCCGGCAGGCCCCCCUGUACGGCCUGUCGGUGCAGCAGAGCGUGCCCUCCCACUUCAACGUGCAGCAGGACUGCGGCCACUUCAACGCCUGCGUGCCCCAGAGCAUGCUGCCCGCCGACGAGGCCCCGGGCCCCCAGCAGCAGCAGCAGGCCGACCCGGAGCGGGUGGUGGUCAUCACCCGCGAGGUGCCCCGCCAGAGCGCCGCCGACUUUGCGCGGGAGUGGGAGGCGUUCCACCGGGCGCAGCCCGAGGCCUACGAGCGCCGCGUGUGCUUCCUGCUGCUGCAGCUCUGCAACGGCCUGGAGCACCUGAAGGAGAGCGGGGUGACGCACCGCGACCUCUGCCUGGAGAACCUGCUGCUGGUGCCGCACCACCGCCAGCCGCAGCCGCCGCCGCCGCCCGGCGAGGGCGCGGCCAGCGACGGGACCUCGCCGCCGGCGGACAGCCAGCGCCACCUCCCCCGCCUCCUCAUCAGCAACUUCGCCAAGGCCAAGCGGCGGUCGGCCGAGGACGCGGCGUCGGCCAGCGCCGACCCGCGCCUCAAGCGGGACCACGCGCGCCUGGCGCCCGAGAUUGUGUCGGCGGCGCAGUACCGCAAGUUCGACGAGUUCCAGACGGGCAUCCUGAUCUAUGAGCUGCUGCACCAGGCCAACCCCUUCGAGGUGAGCCCGGCGCUGAAGGAGCAGGACUACCGCUGCCACGACCUGCCGCCCAUCCCCACGCUGUCGCUGUACUCGGCCGGCCUCCACCGGCUGGCCCAGCUGCUGCUGCAGCCCGACCCCAUCAAGCGCAUCCACAUCCAGGAGGCCAAGCGCGUGCUGCAGAGCCUGCUCUGGGGCCCGCGCCGGGACCUGAUGGAGCAGCCCUGGGAGAGGCCCCGGCCCGGGGGCGGGGGUGGUGGUGGAGGCGGCGGGGGGGUGGUGGGGGACGGGGCCCGCCACGAGGGCCUCCUCAACUGGCUGGACGUGAAGCGGGCGCUGCUCAUGAUGAAGUUCGCCGAGCGCUCGCUGGAGCCCGAGAGGAACGCCGAGCUGGAGGACUGGCUGUGCUGCCAGUACUUCUCCUCGGCCCAUCCGCUGUCGCUGUGCCACACGGCCGAGCUGCUCUACUGCCUCAAGUGAAGCCCUGGCUCCCUCCGUCACUCACGUACCCACGCACACACACACAGCAGCCCGGUUGGGAUGGAGAGAGGGAGACCCUUGACCCUCCGGUGGGGUGAAGGGAGACGGAGAGACCAAUGACAGCCCCGAUUUGUGGAUUCGUUCUUCAGACUUUUGAGGGUUCUUUUGUUGUCCGGAAACGAAAAGCGAAACAAGGGAAGACACUGGACGUCAUCAAAAAAAAUGUGAACCUGCCUGCACAUGCUAAUGCUAAUGCUACAUGCAUGACAGCCCGCUUCCGCCAUCCCUGUCCGCCAUACAUACGCCCUUAUAUAGUCGUACUCUGUAUAUUGCUUGGUUUCACUGGACUAACUGGGCUGGCUAACACUCACCAUGUGGACUAAAGACACAAGGCUUGUGUGUGCGUGUGCGUGUACGAGUGCGUGUGUGUGUGUGUGUGUGUGUGUGUGUGUGUGUGUGUGUGUGUGUGUGUGUGUGUGUGUGUGUGUGUGUGUGUGUGUGUGUGUGCGUGCGUGCGUGUGUGUGUAUGCAUGUGUCUGUGUGUGCGUGUGUGUGUGUGGCGCAGCCGUUGAGUGAAAGACUCGGCCGUUAAAACGUUGAAAAGAACACGUCUAAUUGAGUGUUGCCAUAUGGAGCCAUAGUAGUCAGGCCAACAACCGUUUGGUCAGAAUCCCGGACACUGUAAUCGUAUUCAUCAACUAGCAACCGUAUGUCACCACCAACCCAACGUUAUAACAUGUAACAUUUUACCUAUUCGAUUUUUUAAUACACUAUCCAGCUCAGCUAAAGAUUUCUUAUUAUUUAAAAUGUUUUAUUACGGUAAGAUAUUCAGUUGUCUGAUAGAACCGUACUUUACUUUUUUCAGGCACAUCAAGCAGAUAAACACCAAACUACACAAGGUCAGCGGAAGUGAAAGUUCACAAAACUGCUUGACAAUUACUGGUCACUUCCUUGCAAUGAAUAAAAGUCUGAUUAAUUCGGAAAAACAUGUCAGAUGUCAAUGUCAACAUAAUGUCAACAUGCCCAAUCCCAUUCAAUAUUUGAUUUGCUAAAACAAUAUUUGCGUCCUUAGUAAAUAGGAUGAGAGUGUGGUUACAGUCCUGAAAAUACGUUUUUAUAACUUGAGUCCCAGUGCCUUUUUGUUCUCUGUAUAUGUUACAGUGACUGCAAACCGAUAUGUACAUGUUUAUAUUCGUUUCUUUUCUUGACAGAUAUAUAUAUUUGUGAAACUGGACUUUCACACUGUGUUCUGGAAAUAAAAGGCAGAACUUUGUACAGACAGUUGUAGAUGAUUUGAAUAAGAGUUAGCCCAAGCAGGUCUUUAAAGUAAAAGAAAAAAACUGUGGAUGUAGCAGCAGUUACUGUUAAUAUUUAUGACACAUCAUUUGUUGUCCUGUAGUAGUCACUGGAGCAUUGUUUGUUAAAACUUGACGUAUUGUUUGUUUUAUAUUUCUUUCUGAUCUGCAGCAGAUGUCCGGGGCAGUUAUCUUUGUCACUCUUGGCUCCCUCGCCUACGAUUGGCUCGCUAGAAGUAUUACUUAAUUCAUUAAUUCAUUCAUUAAAGAACAAAGUCUUGUGCUGCCACAAUUGUAAAAACUAAAUAAAGUUCACAUGCUGGGUUUUCAUGGCGUAUGUUGUGUUGAAAUGACAUGCCGUUGUGCCAUUCAGUACAUGAGGACAUGUAAUUGGUUGGGCCUCACCAUCAUCAAUAAACUGCAUAUAUUUUCUCACAAUUA